GUGUCUCCCUGCCUUGUUCGUCUCAGGAACUGCUCUACUAAACACAAAAUACUAGGAGUGAAAAGGAUUCAACAAAUCUACAUCGAAACUGAGGAGACCUCUGAGCCAUGUCUUCUAUGGCCCAAAGCUGAUGUGGGUGUGUAGAGAUGGGGAAUGACUCAGCUGUGACUGAAUUCCUUCUGGUGGGGCUGUCACAGUAUCCGCAGCUCCAGCUUUUACUGUUUGUGAUCUGCCUCAUCAUGUACACGAUAAUUCUACUGGGAAACAGCCUCCUGCUGACCAUCAUCGUCCUGGAUUCUCAUCUCCACACCCCCAUGUACUUCUUCCUUGGGAAUCUCUCCUUCCUGGAUAUCUGUUACACGUCAUCCACUAUUCCUACAAUGCUCGCCAUGUUUGUCUCUCAGAAAAAGCCCAUUUCCUUCGUCGGCUGUGCUCUGCAGAUGGUUAUCUCCCUUGGAUUAGGCUGCACUGAGUGUGUCCUCCUGGCCGUGAUGGCCUACGACAGGUAUGUGGCCAUCUGCAACCCACUGAGAUACCCCGUCAUCAUGAACAGGGUGCUGUAUAUGCACAUGGCCGCAUGGUCCUGGAUCACAGGCUAUCUGAUUGCCUUAGUGCAAACAGUCCUGACGAUGGUCUUGCCUUUCUGUGGCAGUAACGUCGUCGAUCAUAUUACCUGUGAGAUCCUGGCUCUUCUUAAGCUUGUAUGUUCGGACAUCUCUGUCAAUGUGCUUUUCAUGACUGUAGCAGGCUUUGCUUUAUUGUUGGUGCCUCUGUUGUUAAUUUUCAUCUCCUAUGUUUACAUCCUCUCUUCCAUCCUGAGAAUUAAUUCGGUCGACGGGAGAAAAAAGGCCUUUUCUACCUGUUCAGCCCACCUGACUGUGGUCAUCUUAUUCUAUGGCUCAGCCCUUUUUAUGUACAUGAAGCCCAAGUCAAAGGACACAAAAGUCUCAGAUGAAAUAGUCUCACUGUUUUAUGGAGCCGUCACCCCUAUGUUGAACCCCAUCAUCUACAGCCUGAGGAAUAAAGAGGUGAAAGAAACUGUGAAGAAAGUCUUGAACAGACACUUGCUUCGAUUGAAAGUGUGA